AUGGGUAUUCGUUAUCGAGCAGUUUACGGCUCGUUAUUAGUUAUUUUUUUCAUUGUAUGGAUUUUAUUAACAAGUUAUCAAGUAAAUCAAACAAGUCCUCAAAUAUAUAGAGCCAAUCCAGUAGCAAAACAUUUUGAUUAUAUAUUAGAACCUGGAGAUGAUAUAUGUUUCACAGAUGAACCAUUACUAUUAAUUGUUUAUGUUCAUUCAGCUAUAGAAAAUCGUCAUCGUCGAGAAUCAAUACGUUUAACAUGGGCAUCACGUUCAAUAUUUGGAAAACAUAUACGUGUUUUAUUUAUGCUUGGUUCAAGUCAUAAUAUAGAAUUAAUGAAACAAACACAAUUUGAAUUUGAUACUUAUCGUGAUAUUGUACAACAAACAUUUAUUGAUACUUAUCGAAAUUUAACAUAUAAAGGUAUAAUGGCACUUAAUUGGAUAUCACGUCAUUGUAAUCAAGUAUCAUAUAUAUUAAAAACUGAUGAUGAUAUGUUAAUAAAUAUGUUUUCUAUAUUAAAUCAUCUUUAUACUUUAACAUAUAUUUAUCCAACUGAAGCAUGGCAUUCAACGAUAGCAUGUCUUGUAUGGACACGAAUGCGUGUUACACGAGAUCCAUCAUCAAAAUGGUUUGUUUCAUCUGAUGAAUAUCCAUAUGAACAUUUUGAACCUUAUUGUUCGGGUUCAGCAUAUUUUAUAACACAAGAUUUAAUUCGACCACUUUUUAAAGCAACACAAUAUAUACCUUUCUUUUGGAUUGAUGAUUAUUAUAUUACUGGUCUUUUGCCAAAGGCAAUUCGAUCAUCUAUUUAUGUUAAAUAUUUAUAUAUUAAUUCUUUAUUUGUUGUUAAUAUUGAUUUAGUUGAACAACGUUUUCUUUCACCAUUUGGUCUUUCUUCACUUGCAUUUGGUCAUAUGCCAUUAUCAAUCAAUCGUCUUUUACAUAUUUGGCAACAUCUCGUAAUAAAUAGUCAUUCAGCAUAUAAAUAUUUCAAUCGAACAUUUCUCUAG